GGGCUUAACAAUAGCCCAAAACAAAACGACAACAAAUAAAGCGUCGCGAUUCUGCGUUCGAUUCGAUUGCAGUGCUUCAACAAUGGCGUCUUCUUCGUCUUCAUCAUCAGCAGUGACAGAACGAAGAGGAAUACCAGGUGCACAGUUCGUUGAAGAUGUUCAAACCUAUCUCACUCAAUUAGGUCUCGAUGUUAAUUCUGCUCUUGCUUUUCUUCAAGAAAGGCUUCAACAAUACAAGGUUGUUGAAAUGAAGCUUCUCGCGCAGCAAAGGGAACUUCAGGCUAAGAUACCGGAUAUUGAAAAGUGCUUAGAUGUUGUUGCGACUUUGCAAGCAAAGAAGGGCACCGGUGAGGAACUUAUUGCCGAUUUUGAGGUGUCAGAAGGCAUAUAUUCACGAGCUUCCAUAGAAGAAACUGAUUCUGUGUGUUUAUGGCUGGGAGCAAAUGUUAUGUUGGAAUAUUCAUUAGAAGAGGCUACUGCUCUUCUACAGAAAAACCUGGAUAAUGCUAGAGCCAGUUUAGAAGUUCUUGUUGCUGAUCUACUGUUUUUAAGGGACCAAACGACAAUUACUCAGGUUACAAUUGCUCGUGUUUAUAAUUGGGAUGUCCAUCAACGGAGAACUCAACAAGCUGCUGCUGCUACUACAAUUGCUCAAGAGUAGCAUUGAAGAGAAAUUGUUCACACUUAGAUCUAAAGUUGUUUACUUACACCGUUCAGCUUAGAUUAUGCGUCUAGUCUCUUGCCAGUUUUUAAUUUUGAUGAAUUGUGGUUCCUUCCUGUCUGUAGUUCUGGUUUCCCCAAAGUAGUUUCUAGGAUAGGAACCAUUUCCUUUAUAUAUAUAUGUAUGUUGAUUAUUGAUUAUGAUUUCUUGGUCUCUUAACAUUUUUGUAUAAUUGAUGGGAAAGUUUUGUCUUGUAUGAUCAUAUGUGUGUAUUCUACUCUGCAAUUUGGUUUUUACUUGUUUAA